AUGGCAACUUCGAUGAGUGAUCUAAAUGCUCGAAUGAAUCUACGUAAACAACGACUAGAAGAAGAGCAACAAGAGAUGGAACGAAAACGUAAUUUAUAUGCUAAAAAUCCUGAGGGAAUCAGUGAAACUUCGGAAUUAGAAUCGAGCCGACAAGCACCAAAACCCAAACAACGUCAUCGUCGUUCAUCAAAUAAGAGUCCAUUUGAUGACGAUAGUUCAGUGCAAUUUGGUUAUCACGAUAAAAAAUCAGCUUCAACAACAACAACUUCAUCAAGUACGCCCCGUCAACCAAAUAAAUUUGUUAAAAAAUCAUCAACAAUACCUGUUACAACAGAAAAAAUUAGCGUAACACAUUCACCACGAGAUGUUUCAUCUCCUCGAAUGUCAAGAACAAGAACUUCCGAGAAAAACCCUCAACCAUCAUUAUCGACAGGUCUUCUAACUCAAUCAUCACUUUUAGCUCGUGCUGCACAUCGACAACAAUUGCACGCAAAAGGGAUUGAAUUAGAGCCUGGCACAUUUGAUAAACCCAACGAUGAUGAUGAAUCAAGUUCAGAAGCCACAUCGACAAGUGGUGCAAAGAUUUUACAUCGCUCUGGAAAGAAGAAUUUUCUCAAGAAAUCUGCAACUAAUACACCUGUUGCUAAUCAAGUACCAGAUUUACAACAUCUCGAUAGUGAAACAAAUGAUAGUGAACGAGAUGGUAAAAACAAUAAACACAGACCAUCUUCAGUGCUUGAUACAGAAGAUGAUUCUUCAUUGGAUUUUAUUGGCGAUGGUUCUUCAAGUGAAGGUCGAAAAACACCAACUUUAACACCAAGAAAAGGCAUUUUAAAAUCCCCCAAGGAUUUCAAUCCAAAAGAAAUCGAACACUCAGUACAAUUUUCUAAAGAUUUGGUUGUAGUUCAAACUGACGAUGAAGAACGUACACCGACUCCAAUAAAAAGUUCACGUUUGACAACUCCACGACGUGUUCAAAUUGCAGCAAAACCUUCGAAAAUCGAGGACGAUACAAUACAUUCUGAAACUGAAUCAAUAUCAACAGCAAUCGAUGUUGUUGAUGAUGAUGACUACGGUGAUAUUCCGUUCAGUGAACAUAUUAGUGAAUCGCCUGUUGAUAAUAUGUUUGCAAAUAUAAUCAUGAACGAUGAACAAUUAGUUAAACCAGUUGUUAAAAAGAAAUCUCCACGCGUACCAAAUAGAAAAUCUCCACGUGUACCAAAUAGAAAAUCUCCAUCGCCAAGAACUAAAUCUGAUCAUAAAAAUCGAACAAUAUCCGAGAUAACUGAAGAUGAUAAUACAAGAGUUGAAGAAAUUCCGGAAGAAUUAAGUGUAGUUCAUUACUCCGAAGAUUUUUCAGUAGCAACAACAGAAAGUUCAACGCCAAGAACUGUACAACCAGCAACUAUUCGUAUAGAAAAACCACCAUCAACUAUUCGAAAAGUUUCAACGGAUGAUCAACAAGUACAAGUUGAUUUAAUGUCAGCUCCGUUUCAAUCAUCGUUAAAUCAAGUUCAUUCAAUCUAUUUAAUUAAUCAGAGUGAUUUCAAUGAAAAUCGUCCAUCUUCACUUAUUCGGUCUGUUGUUGACCCAAAUGUUCUUCAAUCUCUACUCACAACAAAUCCUGUUCUGUUAGCUGUCGAUGAUUUAAUUCGAGAACAAAGUUCUCUAUUACGAUCAUUUAUUCACUUACAACGUACUUAUUAUGAAUCAACGGUACGAAGUAUCCAACCUGAGCACGUUUAUGUAACUAAAGAUAAUACACUUCAACUGUAUCAAUUCUUCUUUUUUUCUGUUGUUGCUUUUUAUGCUUGGAUGUUCACCUCGAAACAUUUAGCUAAGUCCGUUCGUAAAACUUGGAAAAAUCAACCUGCUUCAUCACUUGGUAAAGCUGUUCUCAAAGACUGA